AUGAGUGGAGGUUCGUCAAAUGUUGCAAAACCAAUGCCAUCAUACGCUGAACUAGGACAAAUGGUCACAGAAGGUUUCAUCAACACUAUAAAUGACCCAGCCACACAAUGGGAUGUUCUCACUGACGAAGAGAUUGCUAUUAUCAAGAAAAGAUGCGAGGAGUUGUUGGAUUGGUUCACCUACUUAGAUGUUGACGACAUAACGGACUAUGAAGUUGUCAUUGGGAAAGAAUAUCUGAAUAAGCGUCAGAAUAAACCAUGCUUCGAUCCGCAUAUGAUGAAAACAAUCGCAGAUCGUUUUGAAGAGCGAGGCGAUGUUGAUUUCGACAAAGAGUUCAAAAUGACACAAGAGCAGUUGAUCUUGGCAAUUCUUUGCGCGACUAUGGAAGAUAACAACAGACGAAAUAUAAAAUUCGAAGUGUUAUGUGAGGCGCUGCAAUUCGAUAAGGGCACCUACCACAUGGUGAAGAAAUUUCUCUGUGACAAAGUUGAUCGGAAUAUAACGCCAAAGGAUUUGAUUUUGCAAACAUUAUGUACUCCUAUAGACUGCUGCCUUGCUCUUACGAUGGCUUAUUGUGAGGUGUGCGGAUGGCCGUUCGCGUGUAACUGGGAUGUGAUAACCUAUGCAAACGACACAUGGACAGAAAAAGAACAGGACGAGUUUGAGAAGUUAACGCGAGACGAAGCAAAGAGACAGUGGGACGCCACAAAGGCGUUUCUUAUGGAUGGGACGUCGAGUGGACCUGAACCAAACGAACACUUGAAGCAAUGUGCUAUAAUCGAGAAUCAGCUGAAAGCCUCUCUCGCAACUGCGGACAAGAUCCACACUGAAAUGCAAGAACUGAUUGCAGCUAUGGAUAGAAAUGCGUUGCUAGAGAAGCAUGACGUUGUUGUGAAGGAGCGCAAAGAAGCAAUUGGAAAUCUGAUUCCGCCAAAUUUACGCAACCGCCCGGUAAUGACUGAAGAAGAGAUUGGACAGUUAGAGAAAGAAAUUGAUGGUGUUCGAAUCCGUAUGCAAGCGGUGAAGAAACCAAGUGAAUGGCCGCCGCCACCAGCUGAAGGUUUACAGGGAAGGCUGCAUCUGAACCAAGGAGAGCUUUGCUUGGCUAGGGGCGAUGAUAGCUCAAAUCUUCUCGUGGCACAGGUUGUAUCUAGGACCUCCUCAAAUGCGUAUUCUCUCAAAUUUGCUGACAGUGAAGUCGUGGAAGAGGUAGAGGCAGGAGACAUAGCCGUACCUACAGUACCUAUGUACGACCCAGACAUCAAGAGGACUAAUUAUAUAGGAUUGCGAGUGGCAGCAUUAGUUAAGAAUGCGUACUAUUAUAAAGGACCAGUAUGGAGUACGGGAACGAUUGGUACGUUACCAAAUACAGCACAUAACAAAGAAUUUUUGAUUUUCUUCGAUGACGGUUUUGAGGAGUACGUCCAAGCAGCAUUUGACUCAAGCGAUGACGUAGCAAUGCGGGCCUCAGUAAUAAUGGACGACAGGACUGUUGUUCAACAAUUCCGCGAGAAAAUCAAGUUGCUGAAGAUUUUACCCCUAGCAAGACAAUCAAUCGCUGCAAAUGGGAUUGAUAUUGAUAAAGGUGGGGUUUACCAAUUGAUCAGGCAGAAUCCAGAACGUCGACGCUUCAUUCAGAAAUAUUUCGAGAAGUAUCCAGAUUGGCCAUUAGUUCGUAUGAAGAAGCCAUCACCUCCUGAAAGACCAGCGCAAGCCAUCGUGGCAUACGACCGUAAUCAGGAUAGAGUGACCGCCUAUGUAGUUGCCACUGAUAGGGCUUUAUGUGUUCUGAGAUUUCCACCGAAGAACUGUUCCGUUAGUGGUGCAAACUGUUUUGAAUAUCCUUGUACGACAACAGGACAUGUACACAUUGAUGAAACGAUAUUCAGAGGAUCGUCGAGGAUUCAUGCUGUUAAUUUGGAACAUUUCGGCAACAAUAAUAUGUCGGCGAGGAGAAUGGCGAAGAAUCGGUCUCACUUUGAUGUUGUUCAGCCCAGUCCAUGCCUCGAUAAAUUGAAGACAGCAACGACGACGGCAAGGAAAUCUUCACUUCCUGUAAGAGCUGAUGGAGGACCUGAAGGGGAUGUUUUAUCUUAUGAAAUGGAUCCACAAUCACUGGCCAUCCGAAAGAAAAAGGAAGCACAGUUUGAAAUACUUCCAUGCACAAGAAAACUUCCCCAAGUCAGUUGGCAGUACCACACCGAAUGCUCUUCAGUUUGCCUUGGAGGAUUGGAGCGCGACCCAUCAGAUCCACAAUUCUACAACUGUUCUCCUCUUCACAUCCCAAUUCUCUGUGGGUGGAGAAGAAUGUUAUACGUCUAUGAAAGCUCUACGAGGAGAGCAAGCGACGGUAGGAUCAUGUACCGUGCACCAUGUGGGCGUUCUUUGGCAUCGAAAAGGAGUGUGGCCAUUUACUUGAGGGAAGUAGGCAGUGAACUCACUAUCGACUUAUUCUGCUUUGAUCCUGUGGUAGAGACGAAAACUUUUGUUCAUGUAGCCGAUUCAAGCUUGAAGACUCCAGAUUUCACCCAAGGAUUGGAGCAUAUGCCAAUUCCUGCGAUAAACACUGUUGACGAUGAAGAACCGCCGAAGAUGUUCUACUGUGCUCGACGAUUUCCUUAUAAUCAUCAAGUAGAUGUGAAAACGAUUUCGAGGGAUUUCUGUUCGGGAUGUUCGUGUACUGACGAUUGCUCUGAUCCACUGAAAUGCGAAUGCCAACAGCUGACGGUGUCGAAUGUGCAGAGGCUAGCUAAAAGUUUUCGGCCACCGGCAGGAGAGUAUGGGUACAGUUACCGUAAUCUUCUCGGAAAAACUAUCACAGGUGUCUUCGAGUGCAAUGACAACUGUGGAUGCCAACAGAAGCGUUGUUAUAAUCGUGUUGUUCAGCAACCAAUUAAAUAUCCGAUACAGAUUUACAAAACUGCACAAAGUGGUUGGGGUGUUCGGGCGCUGUGUGACAUUCCGGCUGGCGCAUUUAUAGCGAACUAUGUUGGCGCCCUACUGACGGAUAGCUUAGCUGAUGCCCUCCAAGGGGAGGACGAGUAUUUCGCCGACUUGGACUUGAAUGAUGCGGUUGAAAAUGAGAAGGCAACAACUCUGGAAAAAUGCGGAUACUUAGAUAUGGGAAUUGGGAGUUCAGACGAAGAAGAGGAACCGAUGAAAUCAGGAAAAGAUGCUGACGAUGAUGGUUUGGGAUCGGAUGCAUCUUCUUCCUCAUCAAACGAAGAUGAGGAACCAAGAUCUAAGAGAAGUCGCAGGCGUAAACCAAAUGAAGAGGAAGGUGUGAAUCCACGGCGUAAGAAGCUAAAUGCAGCGGAAUUAGAAAAAAUUGAUGCUGCUGCGGCAGUAGGAGAUGACACAGUAUUUAAAUGGGCAGACUAUUUUGGCGAGAACAAUACACUUUUUGUUGUGGAUGCCAAGAAGAAAGGGAAUGUUGGAAGAUUCCUAAAUCAUUCGUGUGAUCCAAAUGUGCAAGUGCAGCAUGUUUUUGUCGAUACGCAUGAUCUUCGGUUACCAUGGUCGUCGUUCUUUGCCAUAAGAAAUAUCAAAGCGGGCGAGGAGUUGUGCUGGAAUUACGGUUACUCUCCUGAUGCUCUCGAUCCAGAUCGUCCACGUCAUCGUCAGCUAUUCUGUAAAUGCGUACUUCAAAUUGAUCUCGAACAGAUACUCCUGUCGGAUGAUCUAUGCGUUCUAAGGAUGCGACGAUGUGCUAUUAGCGCUUUGCGUUAUUCUCCGAUUAGUGCGGUAUAUGGAGCAAUCAGGCCUUUAAGUGCAUCAUCUCUAAGAUUACUGGCGAAGGUAAAAAAGAGCACGACUAAUCCAAUCGUUGAGAGUUUGCGUUAUGAGCGAAAAUCACCAAUAGAACAUAUUCUUCUACGACCGGAUACCUAUGUAGGCUCUACAGAUAUAUCUGAGGACACAGAUGCGUGGGUGGUUCGUGGCGAUGGUCGGCAUAUGGUGCAAAAACGGUUGCACUAUUCGCCUGCUUUAUUGAAGAUUUUCGAUGAAAUUCUUGUCAACGCAGCGGAUAAUAAGCAAAGGGAUCCAGAAAUGAAUGAGCUCCGUGUAGAUGUCGAUCGAGAACGUGGGAAAAUUACAUUAUUCAACAAUGGGCGUGGCUUACCCAUUGAAAUUCAUCCGAAAGAGGGGAUAUAUGUUCCAAUGCUGAUUUUUGGAAAUUUGUUCACAUCAUCCAACUAUGACGAUAGAGAAGUCAAAGUUGUUGGUGGUCGCAAUGGCUAUGGCGCUAAAUUGUGCAAUAUUUUCUCGAAAGAAUUUGUGGUGGAGACGUGGUCCCAAGAGACUGGUCGAAGCUUUAAACAGAUCUGGAAGAAUAAUAUGCGAGAUUGCGAUGAACCAGUAGUGAGCGAGGGUCAGGAUCUAGUAGAUGGCACGAGGAUAACAUUCAGUCCAGAUCUGGCCAAGUUUGGCCUUUCUAAACUAGAUGACGACAUUUGCGAAAUGUUCAAGAAGCGUACUUUCGACGUAGCUGGGACUCUCCGUGGGGUGGUCGUCUACUACAAUGGAGAAUUGGUAGAGGUAGGGAACACAACAUUCAGAAAAAUGAGAUGGCUUACCAUUAUUUUCGUCUUUUGGGUGCCAUCCUUUCGAGAAUAUGUCAACUUAUAUUCCGAUGAUUCCGAUGACGUCAGUUCGAACAACGUACUGUUUGUGAACGCAAGUAAGCGAUGGCAGUGGGCAGUAAAAAGAUCUGGAGCUGGUUUCCAGCAAAUAUCAUUCGUGAAUAAUAUUGGAACUACUGGUGGUGGAAAGCAUGUUGACUACAUUACCGAUCAGCUUUUGAAUAUAAUAAAACCGCUAGUUGAUUCUUAUCUGAAAACUGGCAUAAAGAAAAAUGCAAUCAAGAACAAGAUCUGCGUUUUCGUUAAUGCUCUCAUCGAAAAUCCAGCGUUCAGUAGUCAAACGAAGGAAAUAUUGACGACGGCAAUUGCUGACUUUGGCUCGAAAUGCAUUUGUGACGUCACAUCCGUUCAAACAUGGGCGAUGGAGUCAGGUUUGGUGGACGAGCUGACCUGUGAAGCCCUUGCUAAAGAGGGACGUCCAGCAAAGAAGGUGAAGCCAAAGACCGAAGAUUUGUCAGAUAUUGUGAAGCUGGAGGACGCUAACUGGGUUGGUGACGCCACACAUUCACAAGACUGUCGAUUGCUGGUUACUGAAGGAGAUUCUGCGAAAGCGUUAGCCGUCGCUGGCCUGGAAGUGGUCGGACGUGACCGUUAUGGUGUAUUCCCUGUAAUGGGGAAAUUUAUGAAUGUCUCAGGCUUAAAGAAAGAGAAGCUUGAAGCAGCAGCUUCAAAGGAAGUGAAUCAGCUAAUGAGGAUACUGGGUCUAAAAUAUGGUGAGGACUACUCUAUCCCUGAAAAUCGUGCUAAAUUACGGUACGGCGGAAUCAUUAUACUAACAGAUCAGGACGAGGACGGGUCCCAUAUCAAAGGUUUAAUUAUCAAUUUUUUGCACACUUUUUGGCCUGAAUUGCUUCGCAACGGAUUUAUACAGACAUUUAUUACACCUCUGCUCAAGGCACGUCGCGGCUCGGAAAGUUACAGCUUCUACUCUAUGGAUGAGUUCAAGAAAUGGGAAGAAUCUACCGAAGAUGCAGCGAAGUACACGGUGAAGUACUACAAGGGUCUCGGUUGA